AUGGCUAAAGCCCACAUGACAACAGUGGAAGCAGUGUGUGGUCGGGCUCCUUUAAACUCCAAGAUCGUCGGAGGAGUGGAUGCUGCUCCGGGCACCUGGCCCUGGCAGGCUAGGUUGGAAGCUGUUGUUCUUUGUGGGGGGUCUUUGAUCAACAAUAUGUGGGUGCUGACCGCUGCCCACUGCUUCCCCACAAAUGACACGAAAGGUGUCACGGUCUUCUUGGGCCAUCAGGACCAGGGGGGCAGCAACCCCAACGAGGUGUCGCGUACCGUCUCCAGGAUCCUCUGCCACCCCGAUUACAACAGUGUUACCAUAGACAACGACAUCUGCCUGGUCCAGCUCUCCUCGAGUGUCACGUUCACAGACUACAUCAUGCCCGUCUGCCUGGCCGCGGAGGGAAGCACCUUCAACAGCGGCAUAAUCAACUGGGUCACUGGCUGGGGCACCGCUUCGCUUGAAGGGUCACCCGCGGACAUCCUCCAGGGAGUGGACGUGCCAAUAGUGGGCAACAGGGAGUGUAACUGUAGCAAUGGGUUGGGCACAAUCACCAACAACAUGAUCUGCGCUGGAGUUCCAGCUGGAGGGAAGAGUGUGUGUCGGGGUGACUGCGGUGGUCCUCUGGUGAGCAGACAGGGUCCAUUGUGGGUCCAGUCGGGAGUGGUGAGUUUUAGUAGAGGAUGUGCCCUGCCAAAUUUCCCUGCGGUAUAUGCCAGAGUGUCCAAAUAUCAGCCAUGGAUCCUCAGUAAGAUCACCACCAACCAGCCAGGCUUUGUCGACUUCCGCUCCGUGGGAACCGACAGCGACUCCACUUUCAACUGUGGCACCCAGACGUCUGGCCCCGGCACCACAGCCACCACCGCACCGUUGAAAUGUGGCAGUGCCCUCAUGAACACCCGUGACAGUGGGCAGGUGCAGUCUGCCGGCGUGUGGCCCUGGAUGGCUAGCUUGCAGAUCAACGGCGUGCACAUGUGCGGCGGUACCCUGGUGGCUGCGGACGCGGUCUUGAGCGACGCCUCCUGCUUCACCAUGCAGCCCAGCGCCUCUUACUGGAGGGUGGAGUUGGGCCGUCGGAAUCUGAACGGCACCAACUCCUCUACCGUGACCUUGGCGGUGAGAUUCAUCGUCUUCAGCAAUCUCACCGGAGACAACAUCGCCGUUCUCACUCUGUCAAGCUCGCCGAGGCUCUCGGACUACAUCCAGCCCAUCUGUCUGGACAUGGGGAUGGGCAGCUUCCUGAACAACGCUGACUGUUGGAUGGCAGGCUGGGGUUUGGGCCAGGGAGGCGCUCAACAAACCCUGCAGGACUUCAACGCCAUGUUGGUGGUUUGUAGCAACGUGUCAUCACAACGUGACUACAUUUGCACCGAAGCGCUGACCGUGAGACAGGGGGAUGCCGGCAGCCCCCUGAUGUGCAAGAGCGACAACUAUUGGACCCAAGUGGCUGUGCUUCCCAACGCCAACCGGUCCGUGUUCUCCGCCACAGCACGAUUUGAGUCGUUCCUGAGGACGACUCUGGGGAACCUCCUGUCGCCCCCCACCACUAAUCACGCUUCGGACGCACGCUUCCCCAUGGCCUUGUCCCACCUCCUUCUCCUCUCCUCCCUCUACCUCUUCUCUGCGCUGAUCUAGAGGCAGCAUGGUUUGGAAGGGUUCGACUCCGGUCUAUUUUCAUGUUGUAUGUAUCUCAGGGAGGGAAGUAUGUGUAGCCUGGCUAUUGCCAGACCAAGCUCAAUCGUAGAUUGCACGUUGGUCUUGGGAGACCAAGAUGAUCAUGACAAAUGAAUACCGCUGUGGAGGUUUUGGAAGUGCGAAUGCAAUCGAUAAAGUAUGAGGGUUAGUGCAUACACUUAUUUGUGGAGAAGAAACCAAAAAAGUUAGUUUUCCACAAAUACACAAAUAAGACAUAGUAGGCCUAUAGGUAAUUACAUUUGGGUACUUGCCGAUACAGAGUACCGAUAAGAGUACUUAAAGGACAAUUUCACCGGUGGAGAGACAUGAAUCUGUAUUGAAAGUGGGUCGUAUAUGUAGUCGAAUAGUAACACGGACGUCU